GCGGCUUCCCUGGGGCGAAGGCGCGCAGCGAUGACGUUUUACUUCCGGCGCGGAAAAGGAUUGUGGGAAAGGAAAAAGAUGGCGUCUACCAAGAGGGUGCUCUAUGUGGGCGGGCUGGCGGAGGAGGUGGACGAGCGGGUGCUCCACGCAGCCUUCAUCCCUUUCGGCGACAUCACGGAUAUCCAGAUCCCCUUGGACUACGAAACAGAAAAGCAUCGAGGUUUUGCUUUCAUUGAAUUUGAGCUGGCUGAGGAUGCUGCAGCCGCCAUUGACAACAUGAAUGAAUCUGAGCUCUUUGGGAGAACUAUUCGUGUCAACCUGGCCAAGCCGAUGAGGAUUAAGGAAGGAUCCUCCCGCCCAGUUUGGUCAGAUGAUGACUGGCUGAAGAAAUUUUCAGGAAAGACGCUGGAGGAGAAUGUGGAGGAAGAAGGGGCAGAGCCUGCCCGAUCAGAGGCACAGGAGGGUGAACCACCAGCAAAAAAAUCAAGGGCAAACCCCCAGGUUUACAUGGACAUCAAGAUUGGAAACAAGCCUGCUGGUCGAUUGAACAUCCUGUUACGAUCAGAUAUUGUACCUAUGACCACCGAGAACUUCCGCUGCCUGUGCACACAUGAAAAGGGCUUUGGCUUCAAGGGGAGCAGCUUCCAUCGUGUCAUCCCUCAGUUCAUGUGCCAAGCGGGAGAUUUUACCAACCACAAUGGCACUGGGGGCAAAUCUAUCUACGGGAAGAAAUUUGAUGAUGAAAACUUUAUCCUGAAGCACACAGGGGCAGGCUUGCUGUCCAUGGCUAAUUCUGGCCCCAACACCAACGGCUCACAGUUCUUCAUCACAUGUGAUAAGACUGACUGGCUGGAUGGGAAGCACGUGGUCUUUGGAGAGGUGACGGAAGGAAUGGACGUGGUGCGGCAGAUCGAGGCCGAAGGCAGCAAAGAUGGGAAACCAAAGCAAAAAGUUAUCAUCUCGGACUGUGGUGAAUAUGUGUGAACGAAAUGCGCAGAGCACCACAUCACUUGGUUACAAAAAGUGUAUUUGUUUGUCCUUACUGAGAUCUGUAGAUUCUAAAGAAAUCUAUUUUGUACAGAACUUUUCCUCCUAUAAAUAAAUUAUAGCUAUUUUUUUACA